AAUAGUUUGUACGUAGAAGUCCAUUUACCAACAAGCAAUCAUCAUGAUAUGCGGUUUAGCUGGUCUUCUGACAACUAUCAUCACGAUCAUCGCAGUUCUGGCUGAUGAUUUAGUUGUACUAAAACAAGGAUGUCUCAUAGGGCAUCGGCUGACGUCACGGAAGGGCCGCGAGAUAUUCGCUUUUCAAGGAGUCCCUUAUGCCAAGCCACCAGUGGGGGAGUUGAGAUUCAAGCCUCCACAACCUGCAGAACCAUGGACAGGUGUGCUGGACGCUACCAAGGAAGCCCCUAUGUGUGUCCAGCGAGGGCUCUUCCCCAGCGAUAUAGAAGUCAGAGGACAGGAAGACUGUCUCUACCUCAACGUCUACACGCCACGGAUCUCGAAGAGCGGUUCGGAGGCAGCGCCUCUUGAUGUUAUGGUUUGGGUCCAUGGCGGAGGUUGGUUUACGGGAUCCGGAAACACGGACAUGUAUGGACCGCAGUAUCUCCUGGACAAAGAUAUUAUCCUGGUAACAAUGAACUAUCGUCUUGGGUUAAUAGGUUUCCUGAGUACGGAAGAUGCAGAGUGUCCGGGUAAUAACGGAAUGAAAGACCAGGUGGCAGCACUGCGCUGGGUACGUGACAACAUCGUAGAGUUCGGUGGAAACCCGAACAGGGUGACGAUAUUCGGUGAAAGUGCUGGAGGUAGCAGUACACACCUCCACAUGCUCUCUCCUGCCAGCAAAGGUUUAUUCCAUCGUGCUAUCUCCCAGAGCGGCAUUGUUUUAAGCCCCUGGGCACUUACACCUCCAGGAAGCCCGAAGUUAGUGGCAGAACAAGUGGCAGAUGUGUUUAACUGUCCGGUUCAGUCGAGCUCUGAGCUGAUCUCCUGCCUCAGGAAACAAGACGCAUACAAGUUAUACGGCGCAGAACUUUUGAUUCCAGCCAAGAGAAUGUCCCCUAUCACGUUCACUCCUGUUAUUGAAGAGCAGGUGGGAGAAGGAGAUGAAGUAUUCAUGAGUGAUCACCCCAUGAAGAUACUUCUCAGUGGUGACCUUGAACUCGUGCCGUGGAUGGUGGGAUUUGCGUCCAACGAAGGAGUGUUCUUUACAACAUUUCUAUUAGGACCAGAUCAAUCGAAGGCCAAGCUGGUGGAAAAUAGUCUGAUAACAAUUCUGCUUGAAAAUCCCGAGGACAAGUCACUCGUCAAGGAGAUUGUUAAGAAGGUCGAGGAAUUCUACUCCGGAGACAAACGGAUUAUUCACNGGGCGGGAAAUU